AAUAUAUGUGGCCAAUGAAUAAUACACCAUUUCUCUCCAUUUCUUCUCUUCCCCGACACAGUCCUUUUCCUUUCCUCCAUCUCCAUGGCCACCACCACCAUCGCUCCCUCUCACCUCACCUCCACCUUCACUCAAAACCUAUCUUUUAACCCUCCGUCACGCACACCCAUCUCCUUGCCUCAUCGUUCAUUCCCCAAGAAAUGCCAGUUUGCCACUCUUUCAACUCCUAAACUUGCCUCUCCCCCAAGAAUUGCAUGCAAGGCGGCGGAAGUAUCAGUGAGUGAGCAGUCUCCCAGCUCCGGUGAGAAUUGGGUUCCUGUAGUUCCACUGGCUGCUCUGCCUAAAGGAGAAAGAAGAGUCAUAAUUCAAGACGGGGAGACUAUUUUGUUGCUUUGGUAUAAAGAUCAGGUUUUUGCUGUUGAGAAUAGGUCUCCUGCUGAAGGUGCUUAUAGUGAAGGUUUCCUUAAUGCCAAGCUUACCCAGGAUGGCUGCAUAGUUUGCCCAACAACUGACAGCACUUUUGAUCUUCGGACUGGUGCAACCAAAGAAUGGUACCCGAAGAAUCCUGUGCUGAGAGCUCUCACGCCUCCUUUGAAGGCACUCUAUGUUUAUCCUAUUAAAACCGAUGAAGAAAAUAUUUACAUCAGCAUGAAAGGAGGUCUAAAAGAUGAUGCAUCUGCAGAAAUAGUCUUCAGUGGGAAGGCUAAACCAGGUGUUACUGCAAGUGAUGUUAAUGUGGAUGAGGUGAGAAUGGUAGUCGACGAGAAUUCUGAGGGGUUUGGCUUUAUCCGCAAGAAUGAAGUAAUAAAUGGGAAGGCAGCUGUAAUUGGUUUCUUGUUGUUAUUAGAUUUUGAACUCUUGACAGGUAAAGGUAUUCUCAAAGGAGUGGGUUUCUUGGACUUCCUCUAUAGUAUAACUAAUUCUUUCAACUAGAGGCUCACAUUUCUUUUUUCAAGAUCGAGAAGACCUCCGGGAUCAUACAAAGGUAAUUUUUGUAUUUGAUUAUAAUAUAUGUGGAUGUAUAAUCUCUUUUUUCUUAUUUAAUUGUAUAUUGUUCACACACAAAAGACGAGUUCAUUCAUGUUUACUUUCUUUAUCUAUUAAAUUAAGCAAUCUGUGCAAUUAGUAUCAAA